AGGUCCCGCAGCGCCCGGAUGGAGGCGGUGCCGCUCGCUAUAUAAGCGCCACGCCGGCGCCGCGCCCUCCUCUCCCAGCGCCGCUCGCAGCCGCCUCCUGGCUCACCGCUGUUCGCUGGGCCCCGCGCCGCCCCUCGCCCGGGAAUAAGUCGGUCAGGAAGGCCCCGCCGCGGCCAUGGCGUUUAAAGAUACCGGCAAAGCACCUGUGGAACAAGAGGUAGCAAUUCAUCGCAUUAGAAUUACUUUGACAAGUCGCAAUGUCAAAUCACUUGAGAAGGUCUGUGCUGACUUGAUCAGAGGUGCUAAGGAAAAAAACCUAAAGGUGAAAGGACCUGUUCGCAUGCCCACCAAGACUCUGCGAAUCACUACCAGGAAGACACCUUGUGGUGAAGGUUCCAAGACCUGGGAUCGUUUCCAAAUGCGUAUCCAUAAGCGGCUCAUUGACUUACACAGCCCUUCUGAGAUCGUGAAGCAGAUCACCUCCAUCAGCAUUGAACCAGGUGUAGAAGUUGAAGUUACUAUUGCCGACGCCUAAAAAGAUAGUCAACGUUGAAUAAAGUUGAUUUACGAAUUUUCA